AGAGAGUCGCAGGAAUAUCUGCGUAGUUGUGUACACGACCAAUCAGCCCGAACCCACGUUUCUCAUAGCAGCUUCACCUGCCUCUCACUUGACGACACAGAAGCCUUCAGCCAAGUUGAGCAUAUUUCACUGGUGACCAGCCGCGACCAUGCCUCAAGCGCAACCCGAGCUCAAGAAGUACAUGGAGAAGAGACUCUUCGUCCAACUGAACGGCAACCGCAAAGUCAUUGGAAUAUUGCGAGGUUACGACGUCUUUCUCAACAUUGUCCUAGACGAAGCAGUUGAAGAGAAGCCCGGCGGCGAGCGACAGCGAUUAGGAAUGGUCGUCAUCCGAGGAAACUCAGUUGUCAUGCUGGAGGCGCUUGAACGGAUGGGCGACGACCGACGCGGAUAGACGUGUGCGACGAUUUACGAAAGGCGAAGGGGACAUCAAAAAGGAUCUGUGAUACCCAAUUCAAGAGGUUCUGCUGGUU